AUGAGUGAAAAGCUCUCUAGCCAACGGUCGCCGGAAGAUUGCGAUCUUCUGGAAAGGAGUACGAAACGGCCUAAAUGUACAGGGAAGGGGACAGUGGCGCUGGUGUCGGACACGAUGGAGGAUCAGAGGCCACAUGCGGACGUUGAGUUCGUGAAGGAAACACCGGUGGAGGAGAUGGGAGAGGACUACGGUCCGACACCCAUGCAUGGAUCUCAACGAUCGAUUACGGAUGCGAGGCCAGCCAUCGGGGGAUCGACGGGGGCGCCAGUUCCGCAUCGCAGGACCUACGCAGAAAGUGUGUCGGGUUUCAUCACGGUGCCAGAGGCAGUACCGGGUGAGGAUGCGGAUGAUGAUCCAGACGAUGAUCCAGAGGAGUUCAUGGAUGAUGAAGACGAUGACCCCUUAUGUCCUACCAUCAGACUGACGAAGGCAGAGAUAGAAGCGAUCCGGGCGCCGUGGAGGAAGGCACUCAUCAUCAAGGUGAUGGGCAGGAAAGUCGGGUAUGCGUACUUGUUACGAAGGCUAAAUUCCAUGUGGAAGCCGCAAGGAAGGUUAGAUCUUAUUGCAAUAGAUAAUGAUUAUUUCCUUGUCCGUUUUGGAUCUGUUGAGGACCUGGAAUUCGCCAUGUUCGAAGGUCCGUGGAUGAUAUUAGAUCAUUACCUGCUAGUCAAGCCAUGGGUGCCGGAUUUUGAUCCAUACUCAGACAAAACUGAAAAGGUUCUGGUUUGGGCUAGAAUCCCAUGCUUACCGGCGGAAUACUAUAAUUAUAUUUUUCUAAGGAAGCUUGGGAACAAAGUGGGAAGGACAAUCAGAGUGGACCAAGCCACAAGCCAAGUUUCAAGAGGAAUGUUCGCGCGGAUAUGCGUAGAGGUUGACAUAACCAAGCCGCUCAUCUCGAAAUUCAAGUAUGAGGAGAAGGUACGAUUUGUCGCGUAUGAAGGCAUACAUAUGAUCUGCUUCUCCUGCGGAAUCUAUGGGCAUGCAGCGGAUGGGUGCCCUUCGAAGACCAGAACAAGCCCGGCGGGGGCGGCGGCGAGCGAUGGGAAUGUCCAGGCGGAACACGUACCGGUGGCGCAAUCUGAAUCCAGGAACCAGGGAGUGAAAGUUGGUGAGGAACCUUUUGGGGUUUGGAUGAUAGCACCUGGAAGAAAGCAGAGGACUGGGGCGAAGCCAAAACAGGGGGAUCGUAAGACGGGAAAUUCUGCACACCGUACGCAUGGAGCUAACAUGUCGAGAUUCGCUCCCCUGGUCUCUCACGGGGAUAUUGACGAGCCCAUUGCUGGCAACGAAGCAGAAAAUGAGUUAAACACCGAAGUAAACAGAUCAAAUGCGGUGAUUGAGCUAACGAAGGACCCGCAGGAGGCAACAAGACCGGGGAUCAGAUCGAAGAGACCAAAUAUCAUAGCUAUUGAACGCCAAAUUCUUAAUGAACCAAGGGCAGGCAGUGGAUCACAGAUCAAAGCUGAUGAGCAGGCGGAUCGGGGUCAGAGAAGCAUUGGUUCAGGAUCCCGGCGUGCGGCGGAGGAGGACGAGCACGUGGUCAUCAGGGGCGAGCAAGGGGGACGGGUCAUUAGCUCAACAAGAGUGAUCAACGAUGAUAGAGCGAUGGAACUGCCGUCGCCGGUUUGGCAAAAUGCCAAUGAACAUCACUCGGACCCGCCAGACAAUUUUGAUAAAGAGGGGGACGUUGUAAUGGGAUUAGAUGGGAAUACAGCACAUGACGUGGGAGUUGGGGGCAUUGAUGCCCGGGCGGGUGGCAAGUCAUUCCUCCGCGCCCUCAAAAACCUGCUAAAGGUUUAUAAGCCUGAUAUCCUUGGGCUUUUUGAGCCCAAAGUCUCUGGGGUUCAAGCUGACAAUAUCUGCAAAAAGCUGGGUUUCUCGGACAGGGUUCGUGUGGAGGCCCUGGGCUUCAGUGGAGGCAUAUGGGUUUUCUGGAAGAGCCCGGCACAGGUCACAGUCUUAUAUACUCAUCCACAGUUUAUUCUGUUGCAGGUUGCUUCGGCAGGCCAAUCUCCGUGGUUCUUCGCCCCGGUGUAUGGUAGUCCAACGCAUCACCUCCGGCGGCGUCUGUGGAGGGACCUCAGGCAGUCGAGUAGAUCCAUCACGGGGCCGUGGCUCACGGCGGGGGACUUCAAUUCAGUUGUACAACGAGAAGAGACUAUGAAUUAUAGCUCGUUUUCAUCGCAGCGAAGCUCUGACUUUGUGAAUUGGAUUCAGGAGGAAGGGCUUAUCGACCUAGGUUUCUCCGGACCAAAGCUCACUUGGAUUAAAGACGGCUCGAGUGACAGUAUCAAAGGCGCCCGCCUAGACCGUGCCCUUUGCAAUACGGCGUGGCGAACCAGAUUCCCCGACGCAUUGGUGCAAAAGGAGUGGAAAUCGUACUUAGACAUACCAUCGAAUGUGAGCAACUUGGCCAAUAAGCUGACUGAUUGGAACAGGUCAGAGUUCGGAAACAUCUUCAUUCGGAAACGCAUGCUCUUAGCCAGGCUGGGAGGGAUCCAAAGCAGGCUGGAAAUUUCUUUCCAUAGAGGUCUUGCUAAGUUAAAACGAAAGCUAAGGGCGGAGCUCGAAGAAACACUGUAUCAUGAGGAGCUUCUUUGGUUUCAGAAAUCCAGAGAGGAGUGGAUAGCUUCGGGCGAUCGCAACACCGCUUUUUACCAUGCGGCCGCCACGGUCCGUAAAUCUCGGAAUGUUGUUACCCGGCUUAUGGAUAAUCUAGGAAGCUGGAUAACGGAAGAGAAUGAGCUUAAAAGGCACAUCCAGAGCUACUAUAUAAACCUUUUUACGAGGGAUGACAGUAUUUCUGCACAGAGCGGCACGGCGUCCUUCCCCAGGCUUAACAGCAGGGCUUGGCGCAUCUUCAACCGACCUAUCACGAAAGAGGAGGUCCAUACAGCACUCACCGACAUGAAACCCUACAAGGCCCCGGGCCCCGACGGCUACCCUGCUGCGUUCUACCAAAAAACCUGGGAGGUCACGGGCGACAGUCUUUUUGAAAUCACUACAAAAAAACGCGAAUAUAGCGACGGACAAAUCUGUCGCUAA